UACGGCGCGGACUCCUGCGGGUGGCGCGGCGCUCGGCCAGGGGUUUCCGGGAUCCCUCUCCGCGUCCUGUGCGCGGGAAUGAAUACCUCUGGUUAGUGGCAACGAGGAACCCGGGAAAUGUACAAUUCCAGCACACUGAAAAUGAUUAAGAAAGCAACACAAUCCAGGACUAAAGAGAAAAUGAAAUAGGCAGUGGCCUCGGUGGACAGCUUACCUGUCUCCUCAAGGACAGACUCCAAGAAGCUGCCUGUUUUGCGUUUGUCUCUGGGGUGAGUGUGCAGAGACUGAUUGGGAGCACCUGCUGUACCUUCCUGCCUCUCCUGGUGGUGCUGCUUGGGGACGUUCACUGGCCUCCCUCUGAACAUUGUUUUCACUAUCUGGAAGCCAUGGGGAGAACUCGAGUUGCAUUCUGGAGUUGACUGCUCAUGGCACACACUCUUAGAGGAUGCUUGUUGGGACUGAAUUUUUUAUUCAUGUGGCUGUUGAUUAAAGCAUAUAUAGAUCCCUGCAAGCGAGGCACAGUGACUGUCAAGCCUUCCCCUGUGAUUCCACUUGGGUCAGCUGUCAAUAUUUCCUGCUCUUUGAAUCCCAAGCACCGCUGUUGGAAUCAUCCUGGUUCUAAAUUAGUCCUCUUAAAGUCUAGCAAAAUAGUCCAUUCCCACAAUGGUCACUUCUCCACUUUUCAAGUCUCCAACCUUCCCCUUGGCACAACCGUAUUUGUCUGCCAGGUGUACUGUCCACAAACUAGUCAGUACUAUGUGUGUGGAGCAGAGAUCUCAGUUGGUGUUGCUCCAGAGCCACCUCGAAACCUAUCAUGCCUCCAGGAAGGAGAACGUGGGACUGUGGCCUGCACCUGGGACCCUGGACUAGAUACCUAUCUGAAAACCCACUACACUUUACAGUUAACUGGACCAAACAAUGUGACCUAUCAGGACUACGGCAGUUGUCAGAAUUGUAAUCGCUUGAGUCUUGGGAUCAGUCUAACAUCUCAUUUAGCUGAAUCCAAGUUCACAGUCAGUGUCACUGCAAAAAACCAGCUUGGAAACUCUUCUUCAUUUCCAUUUACGUUCACGUUCUUGGACAUAGUGAGGCCUCUUCCUCCGUGGGACAUCAGAAUCAAUUUUCUAAAUGCUUCUGGAAGCAGAUGUAUCGUGCAGUGGAAAGAUGAGGGGCAAGUGGCGCUCAAUCGACUCAGAUACCGGCCUUCUAACAGCAUGUCCUGGAAUAUGGUUAAUGCUACAAAUGCCAAAGGAAAAUACGACCUACAGCAUCUGCAGCCGUUUACAAAAUAUGAAUUUCAGAUUUCAUCUAAGCUGUAUCUUUCUAAAGGAAGCUGGAGCAAUUGGAGUGAGCCACUGACAACACGAACACCAGAGGAAGUGCCUGUUGGGACAUUAGACAUCUGGUACAUGAAACAAAACAUCAGCUCUAACAGACAACAGAUCUCUCUUUUCUGGAAGAAUCUGAGUUCCUCAGAGGCAAGGGGGGAAAUCCUCCAGUACCAGGUGACCUUACAGGAGGUAACAAGAAAAAUUACACUGCAGAACAUUACAGCACACACCUCCUGGACCGGGGUCAUUCCCAGAACUGGGGCUUGGACUGCAUCUGUGUCUGCAGCCAGUUCAAAAGGCUCUUCUGCGCCCACUCGUAUUAACAUAGUGGACCUGUGUGGCACUGAGUUGCUGGCUCCUUCCUGGGUAUCUGCUAAGUCAGAGAACAUAGACAACAUUAUGGUGACCUGGCAGCCUCCCGGGAAAGCCGUCUCUGCUGUUCGAGAGUACAUAGUGGAAUGGAGGGCUCUAGAACCUGGAAGGAAUGUGAGCUUUCCCCCACACUGGCUGCGGAUCCCUCCCUACAACACGUCUGCUCUGAUUUCAGAGAACAUCAAUCCCUACAUCUGUUAUGAAAUUCAGGUGCAUGCACUGUCAGAGGACCAAGGAGGUUGCCGCUCCACCCUGGGUGACUCCAGGCACAAAGCACCUUUGACUGGCCCUCAUAUCAUUGCCAUCGCAGAGAAAAGAAAGAGCCUUUUUAUUUCCUGGUCCCAUAUCCCAGCCCAGGAGCAAAUGGGCUGCAUCCUCUAUUACAGAAUAUACUGGAAGGAACGAGACUCUGCUGCGCAGCCUGAGCUCUGUGAAAUUCCAUACAGACACUCCCAAAACUCAUCUCCAAUAAGCAGCCUGCAGCCUGGAGUGACUUAUGUCCUAUGGAUGACAGCUCUCACUGCUGCUGGGGAAAGUCCUCAAGGAAACCAAAGGGAAUUUUGUCCACAGGGCAAAGCAAACUGGAAAGCAUUUGUGGCAUCAAGCAUUUGCAUUGCUAUCAUCACGGUGGGCAUUUUCUCAGUUCGUUCCUUCCGGCAAAAGGCAUUUGCUUUCCUCUCUACUCUCAGACCUCAAUGGUAUUGCAGAACCAUUCCAGAUCCAGCAAAUAGCACUUGGGUAAAAAAGUACCCCAUUGUGGAGGAGAAGACCCAUCUAUCCAUGGACAAUCUCUUUAUGGCCUGGCCCACUCCUGAAGAGCCUGAGCCCCUGAUCAUCAAUGAGGUCCUUUACCAAAUGACCCCAGUCUUCCAACCCUAUUGCCCCAAAAGACAAGGGAUCCUAAGUCACUCUACCCCCAAGGAAGACACAAUAUAUAUUGCCUCCAGUCCACUACCUACAGGAACUCUCACAGCUGACACAAGACAACUAGUGAAUCUAUACAAGAUGCUAGGAAGGAGAGAACCUGACUCAAAACUGGGCAACCUGACCAAUUCCUUGACAGUUGCCCCAGUGGACUACCUUUCCAGCCAUGAAGGCUAUUUACCCUCCAACAUGGAAGAUCUCUCUCCACAUGAGGCUCCUCCAACUGAUUCUUUAGAACUGGAGCACCAACACAUCUCUCUCUCCGUUUUUGCAUCAGGUUCUCUUCGCCCACUCACCUUCUGUGGUGAGAGGCUGACUCUGGAUCAGUUAAAGAUGGGGUAUGACUCCCUCAUGAGUAAUGAGACUUGAUGCCUAGAAAGUCAGUGUAUCCCAUUAAUAUAAUUACUCCAGUGGUCACAAUCUUGGGUAGUAUCGGGACAGUGCAGACAAGCUGUCUCUAGCUUCACCAUAGGGACUUGCUGCCUUUGAUACCUCAGGUCUAAAAUUUCAAUCCACAAGAACCUGCACUUUGCUGUUUUCUUUAUCUAUAACUAUGACCUAACUCAGCCCCCUCUUCUAUAUCACCACUGGGUAAGUCAAGUGCCAUUCUAAAAAUUCUCCUUACCAAAAAGAUGGAACAAAAGAUCCAAAACCUUUUUACUUAAAAUGCCAAAUCUGAUUCUACCCCCAUCCUAUUCUCUACAGUGACUACUUGUCUGUACUUGGUAUCUUCAUUUAAUAGUUACCUAUUGCAAAUCUAUACUUCCUUUCCUAACCUACCAAAUUAGCAAUGUGUCCAUAAAGCCUAGUCCUGCCACCUGUUUUCAGCCUUUGUUUCCUAUGCAAGUCUAGAAGUUAAAGACAUUUGGUCAGCUUGCUCAUAAUCAUUGCUUCCUGCUACUCUGGAAAGUCUGGAAGAGUAGUUCUUCUCAAAAGAUUAGGCUUUCCAUUACAUUUCUAUUCUACGCUACUAAUUACUGUCCAGCCAUCAGCUUUGGCAUCUCGGCACCCAUCAAGUACCCUUAGUUGAUUGCCAUGACAAGGAUACCUUCCCAGAAGCCAGCCAGCCUGUUACAGCAUUGUUCAGUUUUCUCCUACCAAACUGCUUUUCUCCCUGCUCCCCGGUCCCCAGACAAUAGUGAAAUCUUAUCAAGGUUUCCCAACCCUAACAAUGCCUCCUCCAUGCUUUCCCUCAUCAAGACUCCCAUGUCACUUUAAUCUACAACUUGGCAAAGUCUUCCCAGUAUAGUGCAUGUCAUCUGUCAUCAUUUCUGUUGGCCAUUUCAGCUUGCUUGCUUCCCACCAGCUAUUCUAGCACAAGCUUUACAAAGAACAAACAAAAUCCACAUAAGGGACCUUUCACUUUUAAGGUGCAUUAAGCAGUCUCACUUUGCUGUAUGAGAGAGCUCACCAAAUGACAGAGCAACAGGUAAACUUUCCCAAGUAAUUUUUACAAUUUGCUUGACUCCCAGAUAAAACUCCAAGUUUCAAGUCUUUUAUCCCUUGGUAUUUUUAAAUUCUAAAAUAUAUCCCACCAAUCUACUUUUUAAUUCAUAAAUGAACUGAAAUAUCAGUGUACAACACUAAGGGACAUGAAAAAUUUUGGAUGUUUUGGUUUUAUUUUGAAGGUGUGGGAGUGAAAUCCAGGAGUUUGUUAGACAAACUGUCUAGACCUCAAGUUUAGGUAGGAAUUCUCACACUGCCCUGAAAUUUCCCAAAAGCCAGGGGUUUUGUCCUACUCUUAUCUUUCAGGUUAAGUGGAAUGUCAAACCAUCUCACACCCUCUCACCACUAGUUGUAACCCUACCACCAUUUUUCAGCUCCCUUUAGUAGUUACAACUACAGCUCACCCAUGAUGUCCUGGAGCAGGGGUUUAGAGAAAGAAAAAAAAGUUCUAAGCAGGGUCUGUUCUUGAGUCACCAGAAAGUUGCUUCCUGUUCCAAUAGCAAAGACCAAGCAAGCCCUCCCAAGGUUUGUUUUCAUCCUAGCUUGCAGACUCAUGUCCACUUUAAGUUUAUGAAAGCUUUACUUGAAAAGGUAAAACUUCCAGAAUAAAGCAUUUUCAGAUAAGAGCUUCAUAUAAAAACCUUCCUUCUUCCCUAAGAAAGAAACGCAACUCAGACUAAAACAGAUAUAGCAGCAGCCUAAACACAUUUAAGAACUUGGGUUGGAUUUCCCGGCAACAUGAGUGAUGGAAAGAAUCAAGCUGGAAUUCACAGCUUACACCAAAAUAAUACUAUGAAACACAAAUAGAAAAUGGUUCCUAAUAAGGCUCUCGUACAAAUAGGCAUGAAAGGCUGCACUUCGAUAACACGAAGUACAUAAUUGUGGUCAACUGUAAUUAAAGAAAUGUAAACUAAGUACUAAAGUAUUUUCACCAUAUUAGCAAAGAAUACAGAACAAAUUAGCCAGUAUUAAUCAGAGCAGCUGGACAAUAUUCAAUAAAAUUCUAACGGUCAACACUCAAGUUUUCAUCAACAUAGCUAAGAGCAGUUUAGUAUCUUUAGAACACAGUAUUUCUCAACAAUGAAUUAAAAUGGUGGUCCUUUGAAACCUAGUGUUUCUGUACAAUGAAAAUACUGUAGAGUUCAAGGAAUUUGACUCUAUAUAAUUUUUAAUUCUAAACAAAAGCUAAUUAAACUGCAUUGUGCCACUGGCUUCUGUGUUACAUUUUCUUUCGGCAAUAAAA